CGCACAUGCGCACACCUGCGACCGGAAACUGGAGUGCGAUCCAGAACGAGGAUUGCGUCAAGUUGAUUGAGAUGAAAGAGCAAUGGCGACCUAUCUGUAGUUGUUUUUAAGAGUGGGAUCGAGAAAUGGAUCGUGGGAGAAAGAUUCCGCCAUCUUAUAAGCGAUAUUUAUUUGACGAAUCACAAGAUAUUCCUCGGACUACUGAGUUAUAUCGAAAGCUUCCGAAGUCGGCGAGGACGGAACCGACGUCAUCGUCAGAUUCUGAAGAUGAAUUACAAGGGUUGCCGCCUGCGUCUGCAUCAGAGAUUUCAGAACAAGAACUUUCAGAACAAGAACAAGAACAAGUUGUACAAUGUCAAAUAGAUGACAUCAGUGAUUCAUCUGAAGAUGUCUCUGCUGGCUCUGGCCCAGAAAGGGGAUUACAAAUGGAAGUUGGAAAUAUGGAUGAACAUGGAGGCAACACAUGUGACAGUGAGCUACUACAGCAUAUGAAUGCUCAACAAGAAGAAUAUGACGGCGCAGAGCAAUAUAUAGCAGGGGAUGGCCACGAACAUGGACAGCCUGGCUUUCGUCAGGAGAAGCUGUUUGAUGAAAAGCACUUUGACGCCAACAACCCUGUCUUUGAAGGAGCUGAUGUUUCAAAGGGACAACUGCUAGCGAUGCUGAUGGGGUUGUGCCUAAGGCACGGAUUAUCUGGUGUUGCCAUGAAAGACCUUCUCGAUUUGUUUAAUACCGUCAUUCCAGGAUGUGUUCCCUCAAGCAAGUGGUACUUGGACAAAGCUUUCUUCAAUCUGUCCGACAAGGCAGAGUUGUAUUUCUAUUGCACGGACUGUGUAGGAUACAUCGGCAAAGGACCAGACUACCAUUGUGAAACUUGCCUGAAGCAUUGGCACAAGGAGGUACUUCUGAUAAAAUCUGCAAGUUACUUUCUGGUGAUGCCUUUCAGCUCAAAAACAUCUUGCCACAGUCGGCACUGCGGGGCCACUUUCGACAUGAUGAGAGUGUAG